GAAAUAUGGUGAUAACUUCGAUUGCUUUUCUACAAUUGCGGCGGCUUGACGAACGAUGAUGAUGAUGAGGAGGAAGAUGCGCGCUGUGCCAGUGGUGGUGGUGAUGGUGGUGGCGACAGUGGUUGCGCUGUUUGCUGUUGUUGCUGUGUCUGCAGGCAGUGACAACGAUGGCGUUCCGCUCAAGCUUCUCGAUAGUCCCCUGGCAAAGUGUAUGGAUGGAACGCCAGCAGGGUACUAUGUGCGCCCUGGGCUUGGCGUGAACGCAACACGCUUCGUGAUCAACCUGGAGGGCGGCGGCGAGUGCGCCACCAAGAAGGCCUGUAUGUCGCACCUCAACUCCUCCCUUGGAAGCAGCAACUACUUUCCCAAAACCCGCGGGUCCUUUGGGCAGUACCAGGACUUUGACUGCGGCAACAACCCGCUGCUGUGCGGAUGGACCAUGGUAUACAUCCCGUACUGCACGCAGGACCUGCACAGCGGCAACGUGACCACGCCGACGGCAAGCACUUGGGGGCUCUACUUCACGGGCGCCAACGUUGUUCGAACGGUUGUGGAGGUGCUGGAACGGGACUACAAGUUCAAAGACGCAACCGAUGUCAUCUUGACAGGCCAGAGUGCCGGCGGCAUUGGCAUCUGGUACCACCUGGACUGGCUGGCACAACGCGUGCCGCACGCCACCGUCGUCGGCGCUCCAAUCGCCGGAUUCUACUUCCCGGCGUACCCAUACACCGGGCCCAACCACACCUCCUCCGACCUGGCCGACUUCCGCCCCCAGGCCUGGCCAGGCCACUACAACCUCUGGAACUCUGUUGUUGACGACAGCUGCAGGGCGCAUUUCAAACACGAACCGUGGCUGUGCAUGCUCUCAAACGUGUCGUACGACUUCAUCUCCACCCAAGUCUUUGUCACAGAGGCGCAGACCGACCAGGGCUUUUCGUUCCUGUCUGCGUUCAGCGCGUGGUUCACGGGCAACCCUGCCCUCUCCCUGCAGGAUGACUGCGGUGUCAUGUGCAACCCAACGUGCCCUUCAUCCUGA